AUUAGUUGCUUCACAGCUCACCUAUACACAUUUUCCCACUCAAAAAAUGUUGGCUACAAAUGAGAACAAAAUAAUAAUUGGGACAAAAGAAAAACACAAAACAAAGAUUUUUAACCCAGAAAAUACCCUUAAGAAAAAUAAUUCAAGAAAAAAAAAAAACAAAUAAAUUUUGUCGCUUCCGUUUCUGAGAAUACAUCAUUCUUCCUCCUCACAUUCGGUGAAUCCACGGGAACGAAAUCUUCGAUACGGCGUCGUCUCAACGCACCAUGGCAAUAUCAUUAGAUCCGCUGAUGUAACCCUCUCGCUGUCUCCUUUCCAUUUCUCAUUUUUCCAAUUCCUUUUCUUCUUCUUUUUCCACCAAAAGAGACCAGGGAAGCACGACAUGGAUCCCGAAGAAUUUAGAGCCAUUUUAUCGAGAUCGAGGGCCGGGAUUUGGGCGCUGAUUGAGGCGGCGAUUACCGUUGCCGGCUCGGAUUACGGCAAUGAGUUGCGCCGCCGCCGGGAUAAACUCGUCGAAUUGCUUUACGCGCCGGAGCCGCAGGUGUGUCGGAACUGCAGCGGCGGCAUCCGCCGUGACGUCGUUGAUCACGAGCCCUAUUUCCCGGAGAAUAUUUGUAAUAAUUAUAAUACUAGUGAUAAUAUAGAUAAUAUUAAGUACGAAGAAGAUGAUGAUGAAAAUAAGAAUUUCAACAAUAAUAGCAAUAACAAUAGGGACUCGAAUGAUGAUUUUACUAAGAGUCCGUUGACUCCGGAGUCGAAUAAUCGGAAUCUAGGCGGCGGAGAAGAGGAAGAGGAUGGGGAUCCGUAUGGCGGCUUGUUUGAUGAAAAGGCCAAAAUCUUCAGCAUCAAACAGCAGCUUGAAGAUCUAAACCAGAGUGAAGAUACUGUGAUGGAAUUGCUGCAAAACCUGGCAGAUAUGGAUAUCACGUUUCAAGCUCUCAAGGAUACUGAUAUAGGAAGGCAUGUGAAUCAACUGAGGAAGCAUUCAUCAAAUGAAGUGAGCAGAUUGGUGAAGCAGCUUGUCAGAAAAUGGAAGGAAACUGUUAAUGAAUGGGUAAAGGUGAACCAACCACAAGCAACUUCAAACCUUAUCGGUACUGAUGGGGACUCGCCUCAGCAGAGCAUACCCAAAAAUCAACAAAAUGGCCAUCACCAGGUUCCAGAUUUUGGGUACUCCCCGAACCCACAGAAUGGGAGUUCCAGUGUAGAAAGAAAAUAUGCAGAACAUGAACCAAAGCCCAAAGUUCCAGAUUUUGGGUACUCCCCGAACCCACAGAAUGGGAGUUCCAGUAUAGAAACAAAAUAUGCAGAACAUGAAUCAAAGCCCAAACCACCGCAGUCUGGUGCUCGAAGAGAAGCUCUGUUAAGGCCACAUCAAUCAGUUCCUAAGUCUACUUCAGCUCCUCCUAAUAGAGCAGUAAAAAGGGAAUCGGUCAUGGAUGAUGAGAAGCUGAACUCAGCAAGAAAGCGUCUUCAGGAGAACUACCAAGAAGCUAAUAAUGCCAAAAAGCAGAGAACGAUUCAAGUGAUGGAUAUUCAUGAUAUUCCCAAACCAAAGAAUGCCUUCUUUGCCAAGAACAAAGGCAACUUUCAGGGGAGGCAUCAUCGGUGAUUCUGCCUAAAUUAAUCUUUUAUACUAGGUUUUACUGCAUAAUGGCGUGCAACUUUGUUUCUGCAUAAGGACCCUUGCCUUACCAGAAGGAAGUUGGUUUGGCAUCCUUUUCUACAUUAUGUCUUGCGGCAUAAAUUGAAGUAUAGAACUUUUGUGGAUCUGUGCUUUAAAAUUUUGUACUAGCAUGUUGCUACCGAUGAUGCCUCUAACCUGACUGUAACAUAUAUACCGGGCAUCUUUCUUCACUUCUAAGGUAAUCUUUCUGGCUGGUUUUGGUAAUGAAUUUAAUUUAAGAUUUUUUGCAGAA